AUGUUGAUCAGAUUUACAAUCACAUUGCGUGUUGUUACUAUAUAUCAAAAAGGUCCAGUUGUGGAAAAUUUUGUUACAGCUAUCAAUUACUAUAAUUCAGCAAUCGACAAAGCUAAUGACAAUGAACAAUUAUUUAUAAGCAAGUAUUACGAUAUCUAUGAACAACUUUAUAAUAUAUGUCAAUGGAAGAGUGAAAUAAGUGAUAAAGAUAAAGAGAAAAACAACAGAUUAGUACUGAAAUAUUUAAACGAAAACCUUCGCCUAAUAUCGAAAUAUCCUUCAUCAGAUGGUCCAGAUAUUGGUGUUGGUUUUGUUAGAAUAGCCGAAAUUCACUAG